CACUCCAUCGAAAUAAUUAUGGAAGCAACAUUUUUGAUAAUAGGCGGAGGAAUAGCAGGAAUAAGUUGUGCAGAAACACUAUCAUAUUUAGAACCUGAUCAAAAAAUAAUCCUUAUUAGUGAGUCUUCUCUAAUUAAAACAGCUGUGAAUUUACAAGUGCUUACUAAACUGUUAACCACAUUUGAUGUACAAGAAAAGGAAACAUCAAGUUUAACUGAAAGCCAUCCAAAUAUAAUAGUUGUUAGUGAUCGUUUAACUCAAGUUUGUAAUACUGAAAACACAGUAAAAACUGCUUCUGGACAAAAUUACAGUUAUAAAUAUUUAUGUAUUUGCACAGGAGCCUAUCCAAAAUUAAUUCCUCAAGCAGAUAUGUUUAGAAAUUACAUUGUAGGCAUUAGAGAUACAGAUUCUGUUGAAACCUUUACUAAGAAAUUGCAGAUUGCAAAAAAGGUUGUUAUUGUUGGAAAUGGAGGCAUUGCUUCUGAAGUAAUUCAUAAAAUUCGUAAUGUAGAAGUACACUGGAUAAUUAAAGAUAAACACAUUUCAGCAACUUUUGUUGAUCCAGGAGCUGCAGAAUUCUUCCUUUCAUCUAUCCAGGAAAUAAAAAAAGAUGACCCCAAACCAUGUAAAAGGAUGCGUUUUAAAAUUGAAGAUAGCAAAAAGUCAGGUGCAGCAUUAGGCCCUGACUGGUAUGAAAAUUUAGAAAUUUACGGAAGCAGUAAAGCUACUCCAAGAGAUAUAAAAAUUCAUUAUCAAACUGAAAUAUCUAAAAUUGUAAUGUCAGAAGGAAAUCAAUAUCCUAUCGAAGUUAUUCUAAUAAAUGAUGAAGUAAUACCAUGUGACCUCAUUAUUUCAGCGACUGGUGUAUUACCUGCUACAAAUUUUGAAUUAUCCAGUGAUAUUAAAUUAUCAGAAGAUGGAGGAAUUUUAGUAAAUGAAUUUAUGCAGAGUUCUGUGUCAAACAUUUAUGCAGCUGGUGAUGUUUGUACAGCUAACUGGCAAUUAGCUAAACACUGGUUUCAGAUGAAACUUUGGACACAAGCACGACAAAUGGGUUGUUUUGCAGCCAAAAGCAUGGCAGCAGCAUUUGCCAGAGAAGAAAUUUAUCAGGACUUUUGUUUUGAAAUGUUCACUCAUUCAACUAAAUUAUUUGGAUAUAAAGUUAUUUUGUUAGGCCUCUUUAAUGGCCAGACAUUGGGUACCAAUUAUGAAAUUUUAUUAAGGAUGACCAAAGGUCUUGAGUACAUAAAAUUUGUACUAGAAAACAACAGACUUCAGGGCGCUGUGUUAAUUGGAGAUACCGAUCUUGAGGAAAUGUGUGAAAAUCUUAUACUUAACCAAAUUGAUUUAUCACCAUUUGGUGAAGAUAUUCUUAAUCCAAAUAUAGAUAUAGAGGAUUAUUUUGAUUAAUAAUUACUUUUUUCUUCUUAAUUAACAAAUUAUGCUUUAAUUAAUGA